AUGGAUCACGCCGCCGAGCACCUCGACCCCACCAUCCCGGCACCCUCAUCCGCCUCCUCUUCCGCCGCCGUCGCCGAGGUAAAUGCGUGGCUGGCCUCCCUCGCCGCGGAGGCGGGGGGCGCGGGCGGGACGGGAGGGCGAGGCGGCGGCGGAGGUGCGGCGGCGGAGCUGUCGCUGGGGCCCGACCCCACACCGCGCGGGGUGACCUUCCUCCGCGCGCUGGCCUCUGCGUCGCAGGGGCGGUCCCGCGCUGCCGGAAUCGCGGCUGCGGGGCUGCGUGCGCAGGCGGCCGAGUACCGCGCCGAGGCGGCGCGGCUGCGGGAGGCUCUCGAGCGGGCGGGGCUCGCGAGGGACGCGCUCCCACCACCCGCAGCCGCGGCGGCACGAGCCGUCGCUGCAGUCGCUAACCUCCUCGCCAUCCGUGACACCGAGAUGAGCAGCUUUGUGGUGGCAAGUGCAGACUUGUCUCUGAGACGAGCAGAGGUGGAGGAGAAGAGGGACAAAGUGCAUAAGGAGUCAAAAGCACUACUUGAUUACACGCGGAAGGCCAUAAACAAGCUUACUGAGCUGAAGAAGAUGCUGGAGAAAUUUAAAAAUGAUGUGGAGAAGCAACAAGCAAUGCUUAAUCGAGUGGGUUAUACGCCGGAGAUCAAUCAUGGUGUGUUGAUGGAAAUGGCUGAGCAUAAGAAGGAUCUUGAGAGGAAGGCAAAACCCAUAGCCGAUACAUUAAGGAGCUACCAGGAUUUACCUCCGGAUAAAGCUCUAGCUGCACUAGCUAUAGAGGACAAAAAGAGGCAGUAUGCAGCCGCAGAGAAGUACCUAGAAGAUGUGUUGCAAUCUGCUCUAACCACAACUGGCCUAUAA